CCUGUUCUCAUUGUCUUAUCGCAGGUUUAUUACACAUGUGUUCAGUAAUUGUUUGAAAGCUAUUAAUCUCUGAAUUCAUUGAAAUCAGUAAUAGUUAGCGAUUAUGAGUGACUAUUACGACAAUAGUUACCCAAUGGAUGCCAAUAGUGGUCGCAAUUAUGGGUUUCAUUUGAAUGAACCCAAUGUUAACCAUAACUACCAAUCGAUGCCGAUGUACGCCAUGAAUGAGCACUCGAUGGACACGAACUACAGUUACCCGAUCGCCCCCAACAGAGCCUACAAUUAUAGGCCGUCCUAUAGUCACAAUCAAUCCGAUUAUGACUAUUAUGAGCGCAGCUAUAGUCCAUUAUCAGUGAAGUCAUACCAUGGAUCGAGUCAUUGGACACCGUAUGCCACUGCCGGACAAUUCAGUUAUUACGAGACACAAAGAUUGUAUGCUUCACAGUAUACGACACACCCGUAUCCGCCAUACCCUCCAACCGGCGCCCCACCGGCCGCCCAAAUGCCGCCCCAAUCGUACGGAUGGAUCCCAACCACUGUCGAGGAGUUUGAGCUGAAGCCGAGUCAGAGUCUGUCGUCUCAGUCGAGCUUUGACGAGGAGAUCGUUUCGGUGGCCAAUGAGCCCAUCGAUCGGAAGCCAACGGUGGCUGAACUCCAGAGAUUCAGCGCAAUGAACGCCAACCGCAUGACAACACCGGCUCAUCGCUUGAUUGGCGCUAAUAAUAACCGGUGUUGUCAUGCGGUUGGCGUUCAUUGCGCUGAAUCUCUGGAGUUCAGCCACCGUUGGCUUCCGAUCGAUGGGCUCAUUGGCCACCGAAACGAUCUCCUCGUCAAAGCUCGACUGAGACGACAGACUCUGACUCGGCUUCAGCUCAAACUCCUCGACAGUGGUUGGGAUCCAUCCGUACGAUUGGGGCGGCAUUUGGGCGGCCGGUGGGGCGCCGGUUGGAGGUGGCAUACGGUGUCCAAUGACUCGAUCCAUGGUAUGACUUCACUGAUAAUGGACUAUAGCUGCGCUCAUAAUAGUCAUAAUCGGAUUGAUUGUGACUAUAGGACGGCCUAUAAUUGUAGGCUCUGUUGGGGGCGAUCGGGUAACUGUAGUUCGUGUCCAUCGAGUGCUCAUUCAUGGCGUACAUCGGCAUUGAUUGGUAGUUAUGGUUAA